GAUAUCUGCAAUUUGAGCUUCCUGGGUCAGGCAGCGCAGGCGACGCUGCUGCCGCCUCCAUAGCGAGCCGGGAGCCCGGGCUGAGCUGCUGCUCCCCAGCGGGGUGUGUGCGGGGAGAGCCCUUCCCUAGCGCCCCUCGGGGCCAGCCGGGGGACUUUCUCCGGGGGCUGGAACCAGCCCCUGGGGCAGCCCCGACCUCUGCCGAUACCAGCCCCUGAGCCGGAGCCUGCAGGUGAGGGGAGAGACCCGGGGAAAGGGCUGGGGCCGGGCAGGAAAGUGACUCCGCACCAACGGCCCCUCCUCGCCCCAGCUUUGCUCCCGGGGGGCGGGGGUCUGCGAGUCCCGGAGCUGCUGCUGCUGCUGCCCCCCUUGACCUCCCCCAGGCUCUGCCCCCCCGACCCCCCAGGCUCUGCCCCCCUGAGCGCCUGCAGCCAGCCGAGCCAGCUUAAAGGUUACCGUGACAAAGUUGUGUGGUUUCUUCCACACCCCGGACUAACAUAGCCAUGCCGAGAAAACCCCCAGGGUCGACACAGCUGUGCCGACAAAGUGUUUCUGUUGGCACGGCUAUCGAGAGAAGUGGGGUUCCUGCAGCGGAAGAAACACUCCUGCUGCCUCUACACUAAAGGUCUAUGCUGGAAAGUAACAUCCAGGUUUCACUCCAGAUUUUCCCACUGUCCCUGGGGAUAGUGAAGGGAAAUGGCUGCAGUGUAACAGGCACAGGUGGAGCUGGAAGAUAUGGGAAAGGCACAGCAAGAAGAGUUAGAAAUUACCCACUAUGAGGAAACAGCCACACGUUCAGGGGUUUAUCAAAGACCUACUACCAACCCGCAGAACUCCAAAGCCAAGCAUCACUCCAGAAAGUCAGGAGACAGGCAGAGAUUCAUAAGUUCUGAGGCCAUAAUGGACCAUUGUGAUCAUCUACUCAGACCUUCUGUAUAAUGCAGGCCAUAGGACUUCCCUGUAUUAAUUCCUGAUUGAAAUAGAGUGGAUCUUUUAGAAAAGCAACCGAUCUUGAUUUUAAAAUUUCCAGUAUUGGAGAAUCCGCAACCUUUUUUUCCAGUAAGUUUUCCGUAAGUUUUCCCCAAUGUUUAAUUAUGCUCUCUGGUAGAAAGUUUGCACCUAAUUUCUAGUCUGAAUUUCUAUUGCUUCAGCUUCCAGGCACUGUAUCUUCUUGUACUUUUGACUGCUAGAUUGAAGAGCCCAUUAUCAAACUUCUGUUCCCCAUAUGAGUACUUGUAGAUGGGGAUCACAUCACCACUUAAUCAUUUGUUUGAUAAGAUAAAUGGAUUGAGCUCCUUGUGUCUAUCACUAUAAGGUUUUCCAGUCCUUUAAUAAUUCUUGUGGUUCUUUGAGCCCUUUCCAAUUUUUCAGCCUCAUUCUUGAACUGUGGAUACCAGAAUGGGACAUGGUAGUCAAGUAGCAGUUGCACCAGUAACACACAGAGAGGUAAUAUAACCUAUCUAUUCCUACUCAAGUUUCCCCUGUUUAUACAUUAAAAGGGCUAAUGUGAUCCUUCAGGUACAGCAAAAAGAAAAGGAGUACUUGUGGCACCUUAGAGACUAACCAAUUUAUUUGAGCAGGUACAGCAUCACACUGGGAACUCACGUUCAGUUGAUUAUCUACCUUGAGCCUCAGAUCUUUAUCCUGGGAAGCAGAGACUCUGAAAGAGUAUCCCAUUUUGCAAAUACUGCCUGCUUUGUUCCUAGAUGCGGGAGUUUAUAUGUGACUGGAGAAACACAUCUUGUUGGCCGACAUCCAGUUUACCAAGUGAUCCAAAUCUCUGUAAAAUGACCAGUCCUCUUUAUUAUUUACCACUCGUCCAAUCUUUGUGUCAUCUGCAAACUUUAUCAAUAAUGAUUUUGUUUUCUUCCCGGUCAUUGAUAAAAAUGUUAAAUAGCAUAGGGCCAAGAACUAGCCCCUGUGGGAUUCCACUAGAAACACACCCGUUCUCUGGUGAUUCUCUGUUUACAAUUACAUUUUGAGACUUAUCAAUUAGCCAGUUUAUUUUUUUUAAUUUAUUUAUUAAUUUCUAACAAGUUCACAAAUCCUUGCCUGGCACAUAUCAGACAGAAAACACUUGUUACGAGAGUUAGCUUUUGUUUAAAGAGACAUUAUACACAGUUAGCCAGUUUUUAAUCUAUUUAAUGUGCCAUGUUGAUUUUGUAUCAUUCUAGUUUCUUAAUCAAAAUGUCAUGUGGUAUCAAGUUGAAUGACUUGCAGAAGUCACGUAUACAACAUUAACAUAGAAUCAUAGAAGGUUAGGGUUGGAAGGGACCUCAGGAGGUCAUCUAGUCCAACCCCCUGCUCAAAGCAGGACCAAUCCCCAAUUUUUGCCCCAGACCCCUAAAUGGUCCCCUCAAGGAUUGAACUCCCAACCCUGGGUUUGGCAGGCCAAUGCUCAAACCACUGAGCUAUCCCUCCCCCCAAAGGAAAGCUCCUGGUUACCUUGAUCAAUGAAACUCGUAAUCAUCAAAAAAUAUCCUAAGUUUGACAAAAUCUAUUUUUCAUAAAUCCAUGUUGAUGGACAUUAAUUAUAUUACCCUCCUCUAAUUCUGUAGAAAUCAAUUCCCACAUCAGCUGUUCCAUUAUUUUUCCUAAGACUGAUGUCAGGCUGACAGGUCUAUAAUUACCCAGGUCACCCCAUUUACCCUUUUAAAAUAUUGGCACAACAUUAGUUUCCUUCCAGCCCUUUGGAACUUCUCUACUGCUCCAAGCUUUUUAUUUUUUUUUUUAAAUCAAAUCAGAUGCGCUGAUUUUAAAACGUCUAACUUUAAUAGCUGCUGUUUAGCAUUCUCUUUUAAGUUAUUGUUAGAGUGGACAGUAUUUUAUCAUCAGAUGAUAUGAAUAUAUCAUCAGUUUUUUCCCAAAUAUGGAACAAAAAUAUUUAUUGAAUACUUCUGCCUUUUCAGUAUUAGUAUUGACAGCUAAUUCCAUAUAGCAAUGGACUAAUAACAUUGAUAGGAUUGCUUUUCUUCCUUGUAAGCUUUAAAAACUCCUUAUUGUCCUUAACUUAGAGUUCUCCCUAUGUACUUUUGCUUCCCUUAUUAAUUAUAUACAAUUCCUAGCUUCUGACAUAUUAAUUGCUAUCAGCCUCCCCUUUUCCCCAUUUGUUGUGUAUGUAUGCGUAUAUUUCAGUUUUCAAAAAUACUCUCACUUCCCCGCUAAGCCAGGCUGUUCCUUUUUAAACCAGUGUAGCCUUCUUUCUCGAUUUUGGGAUUGUGGCUUUUUGGCCGUCUAGUAAAAUGUUUCUAAACAGUUUCCCAUUGUCAUUCACGUUUUUCUGUUUAAAUUAUUGUUACCAGCUGAUAUGGCUCAUAACCAUCUUCAGCUUUGUGAAAGCGGCCCUGUUAAAGCACCAAGGAGAGAGAGAGAGAACUGGUUUGAACUUUAUUCUGUUUGUAACCACUAAUUGUUAGUGCUGGGAUGAAGAGGAAUUUAUCUGUCAAGAUGAGGUCUCAGCUAGAAUUCCCCCAUGUUGGAUGCAACACUUUUGAGUGAGUAAAUUGUCGUGUAUAAAUGAGAAAUUCUAAUGACAUUUUAGUACUGGUAGGAUGAGAACUGCAGCCUAUAUCACUCAGAUUAAAGUCCCUCAUGAUCACACAGCUUUCUUCCCUACACGUUAUAGAUAGAUGCUUGAGGAGCCAUUCAUCCUGUUCAUUAAGUGUUAAUUGGUAGUCUGUAGCAGACACCAACUAGUACCUCAUCUUGUGCUUUAUCUGUUAGUACACUGAUCUGUAAGCAUUUAAGAUCAUUUGCACUGAGUUGUUGGUGACUCAGAAACGGGUAAUGCCAUUUGUGACAGAGUUCCACGCUCCCUCUCCUUCUGCCUACUCAGUCCUUCCUAAAUAGAUUAUAAUCAUUGAUUUUAACACUCUGAUCAUGUGAAUCAUCCCACCAGUUUCAGUAACGCUAUCUAGAUCAAAUCUGUGUUCAUAAAUGAGUAAUUUCAGUUUCUCUUGCUUUUUUUUUUUUACCCAGGCCCCUAGCAUAGGUAUGUAGGCAAUUCAUAAAUUCUUUCUUUUCAUAUUUCUUGGUGUCUUGAUUAAUGUUAUUCUCAAUUUCUUAAUUUUUUGCUGAGUGCUCAUUUGUUCCCUCUUUUCACACUCCUCUGUUGGUAUUAGUUUACUGCCUUUUUGAAUACUCUGACCAGCCUGUCCCCUUGCAGCUAUAUCCUUCUGCUGAGAUGCAGCCAUCCAACCUGUACAGCCCCUUCACUCCACAGAAGGUAGUACAAUGUUCCACAAACCCAAAACCCUACGCCACUUACCUAUCCAGUGCUUCACUUCCAGAAUCUUCUGCUUCCUGUCUUUCUUGGCUUAUGGGCCAGGAAAUAUUUCUGAGAAGAUAAUUUGGGCAUUCUCCUCCUUCAGUGCCCUUCCAGAUUCUCUGAAGUUGACUGUACUCUCUCCAGUUCAACUUAAAAAUCACAAGUUUAAAAAAAAAAGUGGCAGUUUUAUUUGCCUUCUGUUUUCUGAGCCCAGGGGGUAGGGGAGAGAUGUAUGCAUGAAGCUGCCGGGGGGUGGGUGGGUGUGUGUGUGUGUGCAUACCCAUCUGUGUGUGUAUCACACUGCAUCGACAAAACUCCACCUCCAACAGCGUACAUGGAAAAGUGUGGCCUUCCUGCUGCUGGGAUUUACCUUUCUGACUUCUCCAUCCCUCUGCUUAAUCAUGACUCUGUUUCCUCUUUACCCCAGCCAGUCUUCUCCCCCACACUCUCCUUUUCUCUCCAGUCCCUAUAGUCACCUGCCUUUCCAUUUACAGCUUCCCACCUCUCACAGCUACUGCCCCACAUGCCCCUGCACUCUCUAUUCUCCUGCACCUGCUCAGUCUCCUGCUGGCUGAAUCCCCCACAACCUCUCUUUGUCCCCCACACAUCCUCCUGGACCCCCUCAGAGUCCCUCUAGCUCCCCAUAUUUCCACUUUUCCUCUUGAGUUUCCUGUCUAGUCUCCUAACAACAGAGCCCCAGCCAUAUUCCUUGAGAAGAGCCUGACAUCAUUCACACUGGAAAUAAGGGUAGUUGGUGGCCAUCUUUAUUAGGGGCAGCCUCACUUCCACAUGACAAAUCUGUAGGGAAACAGUGGCCAUCUUGAAGGCCAUUUGACUUGAGCUCCUCCCGCCCCACCCCCCAAUAAUGGGAAAUGGCAUCCAUGUCUCACAAGGGAAAAUGUGCGAGUUUUGGAUUGAAAUCCCAACUAAAUAUCAUGACACUCGUGAUAAAAAUCACCAGAGUCGGCAAGUCUGGGCAUCGCACUUUCACAGCAGAAAUUGUGUUCAUUUUUAAUGAAAGCUCUGGGAAAUUUCCCAACUCCCCAAGGAGGUUCCCUGCUCUCUGUGGGGAGGGGUAAUUUCCAGCCCUGCCUGUGACUGGUCAGGGCUCUGACCUCAGCAGGGCUAGAAGUGGGGAUAAGAGGUUGAAGACCUGUGCUGUGCCUGCGUCAUAACAUCCCUCGAUAUGUGGAGGACCCUCAAUCUCCUAUAAGGGGGAACCUCAAGUCUCCAAGGAACCAUCUGACCUCCUCAAAGGGUCUCCAGGAAUGGUUUCCAAUCCCUUUGGUUUAUACCAGUGAUGGAAUACACUCCUGUGUUCAUACCCUACACCCUACUGGAAUAAUUUUUGUACAAAGUAUGAUUUUUGAGGUGUCUUUUGAAAAUUCAUAAUUUGGUGGUCAGUGUUGUCUUGAUAAAAUAUGUGGCAACAUUGUAUGUAAAAUUAAGAUUUUCUUGUAGGAUGUUGUUAACACAUGUUCCAAACCAUAGCAGAAGUUGGCAAACCGGUCUGUCCUAAACAAAGGAAUGUGUGCUUUGCUUCAUUAGCAUUUAAGCAGUAACUAGAGUCAUCAAGCUGGAAGGGAGUGCAAACAGGUGAGGAAAAAAAGCAGCAGAGAAAAUCCUUCCACACAGACGCUUUGUCUCCUGGUUCUCAGCUGGAAAUGCUUCUCAAAGGGGGAAUAAGACUGUGAAAAGGAGGGGCAGACACCCCAAGAAACCUUCCCCCCCUCCCCCCAUUCAUCUCACUCUUUGCACCUGAGCAGACAAAGACCAUAGCCGUUGUAUUAUGGGGGACGGGUCCUGACCCGAAGGUUGGUCAGGAACACUGCUGGAAGCAUGUGGUGAGAAACUUUGCUUCAGAUCUAACAUAGAUUAUUGUUAGAUGUGAGAAAGUGUCAUCUCUUUAUUUUUCUUGUAGUCAUUUCUCACUUUUAUGCCUCAUUACUUGUAUUCACUUAAACACAUUAGAUUGGAUAAAACAGUAAAACAAGUUUAUUAACUACAAAGAGAAAGGUUUUAAGUUGGAGUGUCUGGGUACUUUAUUUAAUGUAAUAAGCAGUCAUAUUCCUUAAAGGAAUAAAGGACUUAUUUUAUUUGUAUUGUCUAGGAGAGGGCUGGGUAGUACAGGGCAUACAUUUCUGGGGGGAAAUCUAAGACUGGGGGUGCAUGGGUGUCACACUGAAGUAUAACCAAGGCUGGUGAGAGUCUGAGUGUAACCAAGUGUACCUGGCAGUUUGCAAUUACACACUCUCUCUCUCAUGGUGUGAUUUGCAUGCUGGUAGGCUGUUUGUGUGUGGCCCUGGUGGAUGCUACUGCAGGAAGGCAUUGUAAGGCACCCAAGGUUACAGAGCAGGGGUGACACAGCUACUCAUUAGUCUGGAUUGUACCCAGGUAUGUCACACCCACCCAGCUAGUACAUCUGGAAACAACUGUGUCUUAGAAUAAGUGUAAAAUCUUGGUCUCACGUGUUUUCUUUGUCUGGAGCAGGAUUUUCCAUUCCCAAACUUGUGAUCUCCCAGGGAAGAGACAUGGGUCCAAGAUCUCCAGGACUCUGAGGAAAGGGAGAUCCAGAGAAACAGCCACACAGGUGAUGGGAUGGUGAGUGAGAGAACAAGGAGGAUCAUCCUCAGUGGGGAGGUCCUGAGCAAAUGGAAGCACAGAGAACACUAUCGGGAAGAUCUGAAGGGGAAGUUUCCUGGAUUCCUGAGCAGGGAGAAGCCUGCGAAAAUCAGCACAGGCCAGAGGCGCAGCAGGGAGCCUCCUCAUGGGAGAGAGAACAGGGUAAAUCCACUGACCAAGGGGUUGGUUUGAAGGACCUUCCUGAAGACAUGAUCCAGCCAGGAAUCUGCAGUAAAGGGAAACCAUACAAAUGUGCUGAGUGCGGAAAAAUCUUCAGUAAUGACUCAUCCCUGAUUGUUCAUCGGAGAGUCCACACAGGAGAGAGACCCUAUAACUGCUCAGAGUGUGGGAAAUCCUUCACUCGGAGCUCCACCCUUGUUGUGCAUCAGAGAGUGCACACAGAAGAGAAACCCUAUAAAUGCCCCGACUGCGGGAAAAGCUUCAAGCGGAGCUCAACCCUUAUUUCACACCAGAAAAUCCACACAGGAGAGAGACCUUAUAACUGCCUUGAAUGUGGGAAAGGCUUCAGUGAACGCUCAAACCUAAACAAACAUCAGAGAAUCCACACAGGAGAGAAACCCUAUAAUUGCCUUGAGUGCGGGAAAAGUUUCACUUGGAGUUCACACCUCAUUAAACAUCAGAGAAUGCACACUGGAAAGAUGCCCUAUCAUUGCCCUGACUGUGGGAAAGGCUUCAGUGACAGCUCAGCUGUUAUUAGACAUCAGAGGAUCCACACCGGAGAGAGACCCUACAAAUGCCUUGAGUGUGGGAAAAGCUUCAAGCAGAGCUCAAACCUUAUGAAUCAUCAGAUAAUACACACGGGAGAAAAACCCUAUUACUGCCCUGAGUGUGGGAAGGGGUUCAGUCGGAAGGCUCACGUCAUUUCACACCAGAAAAUACACAGGGCAGAGAAAUCCUUUAACUGCCUUGAGUGUGGGGAAAACUUCACUAGGAGCUCUGACCUCAUUAGACAUCAGAAAACCCACACUGGAAAGACACCAUAUAAAUGUUCUGUCUGUCAGAAAAGCUUCAUGCAGAGGUCAGAACUUAUUUCACAUCAGAGAGCUCACACAGCAAAGAGAAACUAUAAAUGUUCUGUCUGUGGGAAAAGCUACAAGGGGAAGGUCUCUCUAAUGUCCCAUCAGAAACUCCACACAGGCUAGCAGGUGGCAGGAACUCUCAGUGUGGACAAUGGGUCUGUGCCCUCCUGAAGCAAAGAGUGAAUGUCCUUCAUCGGUGGAGGGUCUGUGUAGGGGCAGCAAGUGGAUGAAGGGUUCUGAUUUCACUGGGGGAUGGCAGCGGCAGAGGAGGAGGAAACACUGGGGAGCUGGGUGAUUGCAAGGUCUGAGGGGAGCAGGCGAUGGGAUUAGUGGAGAGACAUUUCUGUGGGUUCUACAUGCACUUUCCAGUUUAGAAGAGAGGUAAAAAAUGCCCCAUUGCAGUCUGUGUCCAAGUUGUCUCUGCAGCUCCUAGGGCAUCUCAGGGUAGGGGCAUGGAAAUGUUAUUCAGGGAAGCAGCAAGGGGCCCUCUGGGGCUGUAGUUACAAGGCAGUAACAACUGCCGAUCUGAACUAACAGGAUGUCAGAGCACUGCUCAGUGUAUUGGACAUCUAUACAGUCAUGGAUGGUCGGGGCUGCUGGAGACUGGGGAUUUCAUGGUGGAGAUUCCCCAGAGAGGAGGGAACUCUAGGAGAUGCCCUUUUAGGAGUGUGGUCUAAUGGUUGGGGGGGUGGGAUGGGGGAAAUGAGUUAGGACUCCUGGGUGUGAGCUAGUGCUGAUCACUUCCCCUCCUCUCUCUGUGUCCAUUUCUCCCAUCUCUACAGUGGAGAUAAUAGUUCUCCAACUCCCUGGAGAGUUGUGAGGGGCCGGUAAUUACUGUGUGUUCAUAGAAUCCAAGAAAUGCAGGGUUGGAUCAUAGGUACUGGAACUGGGAGUGCUGCCAAACCCCCUGGCUUGAAGUGGUUUCUAUUAUCUACAAGGUUUUACAGCAGUGGUUCUCAAACUUUUGUACUGGUGACCCCUUUCACAUAGCAAGCCUCUGAGUGCAGCAAACCCCCCCCCCCCCAAUUAAAAACAUGUUUUAAUAUAUUUAACACCAUUAUAAAUGCUGGAGGAAAAGCGGGGUUUGGGGUGGAGGCUGACAGCUCAAGACCCCCCAUGUAAUAACCUCAUGACCCCCUGAGGGGUGCUGACCCCCAGUUUGAGAACCCCUGGUUUACAGUUUAGUUUAAUGGCUCACAGCACCCCCUCUAUAAAAAUUGUUCCAGGACCCCUGGGUUGGAAGAAACCCCGAGAGGUCAUCAACUCCAAUUUCCUGCACUGAGGCAGGGCCAAGUAAACCUAGACCACCUUUGUCAGGUGUUUGUCUAACCUGUUCUUAAAAACCUCCAAUGAGGGGGAUUCCACAGCCUCCCCUGGAAGUCUCUUCCAGAGUUUAUCUACCCUAAUAGUUAGAAAGCAAAUUAUUUUUUUCCUUCCUAAGUGUACCAUUUUGCACUUGUCUUUACUAACUUGAUUAGAGACCCAUUCUCCAAUUUGUCAAGGUCAUUUUGAAUUCUAAUCCUGUCCUUGAAAGGCUAGAAAUCCCUCCCAUCUUGGUGUUAUCAGCAAGUGUUAUAAGCAUAUUCUCCACUCUAUUAUCCUAGUGAUUAAUGACAAUAUUGAAUAGUACCAGAUUCGUGACCCCUGAGGAGCCUCAUUAGAUAUGUCCCUGUAGUUUAACAAUGAGCCAUUGGUAACUACUCUUUGAGUAUGGCCUUUCAAACAGUUUUGCACCCACCAUAUAGUAAUUUCAUCUAGACCACAUUUCCCUAGUUUUUCUGAGAUUGUCAUAGGAGACUGUGCCAAAAGCCUUACUAAAAUCAAGGUAUAUCUACUGCUUUCCCCAGAGCCACUACACCAGUAACCCUGUCAAAGAAGGAACUUAGAUUGGUUUGGCAUGCUUUGUUCUUGACAAAUCCCUGUUGACUAUUUCUUAUAAUCCUAUUAUCCUGUAGGUACUUACAAACUGAUUGUUUAAUAAUUUGUUCCAGUAUCUUUCCAGGUGUUGAAGUUAGGGUGACCAAUCUAUAGUUCUCCAGGUCCUCUUUGUUUCCCUUUUUAAAGAUAGUUACAAUGUUUGCCCUACUCUAGUGCUCUGGGACCUCACCCGUCCUCUGAGUUCUCCUAGAUAAUCCCUAAUGAUUCAGAGACUGGUUCAGCUAGUUACUUAAGUACCCAAGUCAAUUUCUAUCCGGCCAUGCUAAUUUCAAUACAUCUAAGGUCUCUAUUCUUUAACCUGUUCUUUCCCUGUUCUGGCUUGAAUUCCUUCCCCUUUGCUGUUUGUGUUAAUUGUGUUAAGUAUCUGGUCAGACUAGUGAAUACUGAUGCAAAGUAGGCAUUAAACUCCUCAGCCUUUUUGUCAUCCAUUAUUAUAACGAUUUGAUGCUCUCCUGUCUCUUCCCAGCUCUCUCUGUGGGGGGCAGUGUGUUACUGAAGGGAAAGGAAGGUCUGUAUUUGGAAUCCCGUAUCCCUCUUUUCAGGAAGGGGCUCAGCUGAGAUUUUGACCCACUGGGAUUAUUCCUGAAAUAAUUGCCCUGGGAGGGAUUUUCUCCUUGUUUCUGGACCAUGGGGUGGGGCAGGGUCUUGUGUUUCUGGAAAUUCAUGUUUUGGGUGAGUCUUUUAUGUCUCAUUGAAAUUUUUACCUGAAUUUUUCUUUUUAUACAAAUAAAUUCCUAAUAUUUUUGUUUGUC